AUGAGUGACCCGAUCGGUGAGCUCCAAGAACUCUUUAUCGACAACGAGUGGGUGCCACCCGUGAACAAAAAGUACAUGGACGUCCUCAAUCCUGCAAGCGAAGAGGUGAUCCAGCAAGUGGCCGUCGCAUCGGCCGUGGACGUGGGUCUGGCUGUCCAAGCGGCGAAGCGGGCGUUUGCCACGUGGGGUACCACCUCAGGGACUGAACGUGCGGUGUACCUACGCCGAAUGGGUGAGCUAGUGGCUAAACGCAUGGAUGCACUAAGUCGCCUCGAAACAAUGGACAAUGGCAAGCCACUGGCUGAAGCCGUGGGGGACAUGGAGGACGUCUCCAGCUGCUUCAAUUACUAUGCCAAUGCCGCCGAAGCCUUAGACGCGCGUCAGUAUGAAAAGGUGGCCCUCCCUUUGAAAGACUUCCAGGGUGCAUUGCGCUACGAACCCGUUGGUGUCGUGGCUGCUGUCAUUCCAUGGAACUAUCCGGCUCUGAUGGCACUCUGGAAGCUUGCUCCUGCCCUUGCUGCUGGCUGUACUGUAGUGCUCAAGCCCUCGGAAGUGACUCCAUUGAGUGCGCUACAAUUGGCCCAGAUAGCGGUCGAUGCUGGAUUACCCGCCGGCGUUUUGAACGUGGUGAAUGGCUUGGGAGGGGAAGCUGGAGGUCCGCUGGUCUCUCAUCCAGACGUACACAAAGUGGCCUUUACAGGAAGCGUACCUACCGGACGCACCAUCAUGACCGAGGCGGCAAAAGAGAUCAAGAAGAUCACUUUGGAGCUGGGCGGCAAGUCGCCCGCGAUCGUAUUCGACAGAAUCAACGUGGAACGCACAGUCGAGUGGGUCAUGUUCGGCUGCUUCGGGAACAACGGUCAAAUCUGCAGUGCGACGUCGCGGCUACUCGUGCACAAGGACAUUGCAGAUGAGUUCCUCGAAAAACUCAUUGACGAGACGAAGAAGCUCGUGUUGGGAAAUCCGCUGGAUAGUAAGGUGCAAAUGGGUCCACUGGUGUCAAAGGCCCAACAGGAGAAGGUGCUGGGGUACAUCCAAAGCGCAAAAGACGAAGGAGCUAUCAUUGUCCAAGGAAAACUUCCUAGCGGCAACAAGGGAUACUUUGUUCCGCCAACCAUUAUUGCAGGAGUCACCAAGCAUAUGCGCGUAUGGAAGGAAGAGAUAUUCGGUCCAGUGCUGUCGGUGAUGACGUUCGAGACGGAGGAGGAGGCCAUCGCCGUCUCAAACGACUCAGAUUUCGGUCUAGCAGCUGCCGUCUUUACGUCUAAUGACACGCAGCUCGAGCGCGUGACAAUGGCCCUGCGUGCAGGUAUUGUGUGGAACAAUUGCUCGCAGCCAUGUUUCGUCGAGCUGCCGUGGGGUGGCGUCAAGAAGAGCGGCAUCGGCCGUGAGCUUGGACCUUUCGGACUGAAUGCCUAUCUCGAACCCAAGCAGAUCUGCACCUAUGUAGCGGACAAGCCGUUUGGAUGGUAUCUGAAGUCGUAG